UUUUUUUUUUUGUCAAACGAAAGAAACCUGAAAACCCAGAGAGAUCGAGAUUGAGAUUUAGAGAAAGACGAAGAAGAUGAUCGCAGACGGAGCAGAAGAUGAAGAGAAGUGGCUCGCCGCCGGUGCUGCUGCUUUCAAGCAAAACGCAUUCUACAUGCAACGCGCUAUUGACUCGAAUAAUCUGAAAGAUGCUCUCAAGUAUUCGGCUCAGAUGCUCAGCGAGUUACGGACUUCGAAGCUAUCACCUCACAAGUACUAUGAUCUCUAUAUGCGAGCUUUUGAUGAGUUGAGGAAACUUGAAAUUUUCUUCAUGGAAGAAACUCGGCGUGGCUGCUCGGUCAUUGAACUCUAUGAGCUGGUUCAGCAUGCUGGUAACAUAUUACCACGCCUGUAUCUCCUGUGUACAGCAGGAUCCGUUUAUAUCAAAACCAAGGAAGCUCCUGCCAAAGNAAACUAUUCAGAAUUAUAUUUACAUAAUGAAGAUGUUGAUGCCAUAAAGGCUUUUACACCAUUUUGUCCUCUUCUAAGUAUCAAAUGA